CCGGUUAGUAUAUAACGUUCAACAACUCCGUUACUACACUAAACCGUAUCGUGGAUUACAUUAUCGGUAUAAGUGCGUUGAUUGAAUAAUUUGUUCUUCAGCAAAAUAGAACUUCAAGCAAUUUUCUUUACUAUGGCAAAGAAACUUUUAAUCGUCGCAUGUUUGAUGCGAUUAUGUAUUUGCGAGCCAUAUGGUCAACCUGGAGGACAAGAUUCGUCAUCAGGUUCCAAUAAGUAUGGACAACAGGGAAAUCCUGCUGGUGGAUUUGGUUUAACGAGCCAAAAUGGUUAUGGCUCAGGAAAUGGAUUUUCUGGCCAAGGUUUAGGUGGUCAAAACGGAAAUCAAGAAUCUGGUUAUGGAUUUGACGAAAAUAAUUCCGAAUUAGGAAAUAAUGGCGGAUUCGGAGGAAACAAUGGAUAUGGCCAAAGUGGUGGUCUAUCAAAUAUUAAUGGUAAUGGCAGAGGCAAUGGCGCCGCAAAUUAUGGUGGAAGAAAUGGAGGAUCAAACAACGGUGCAUAUAAUGGUGGCCGUGGUGGUCUAACAGGAAACAACGGUUAUGGAAACAAUAGAAACGGCGGAAGUAGUUCAGGUUACGGCAAUGGCAACAAUGGCUUUGGAGGAGUCGGAUCACAAAAUAAUGGCGGAAACGGAGGUUAUGGUAAUGGUGUAGGAGGAUUUGGUGGUGGUCAAGGAGGAAAUGGAGGAUAUGGCGGUGCUGCUGGAGGUUUCAGUAAUGGUCUAGGAGGAAUUGGAGGAUAUGGCAAUGGAGCAGGUGGAAUUGGUGGUGCUGCUGCUGGAGGAUUCGGUAAUGGUCUUGGAGGAAGUGGAGGAUAUGGGGGUGCUGCUGGAGGUAAUGGACGAUAUGGUAGUAGUCUGGGAGGAAGUGGAGGAUAUGGCAAUGGUUUAGGAGGAUUUGGUGCUAGUCAAGGAGGAAGUGGAGGAUACGGCGGCGCUGCGGGAGGUGUUGGAGGAUUUGGUGGUAGUCAAGGAGGAAGUGGAGGAUAUGGCAAUGGUGCAGGAGGAUUUGGUGGUAGUCAGGGAGGAAGUGGAGGAUAUGGAAAUGGUGCGGGUGGAUUUAGUGGUGGUCUUGGAGGAAGUAGUGGAUAUGGAAAUAAUGCAGGAGGAUUUGGUGGUAGUCAAGGAGGAUAUGGCAAUGGUGCAGGAGGAUUUGGUGGUAGUCAGGGAGGAAACGGAGGAUAUGGAAAUGGUGCAGGUGGAUUUGGUGGCAGCCAGGGAGGAAACGGAGGAUAUGGAAAUGGUGCAGGUGGAUUUGGUGGUAGCCAGGGAGGAAGUGGAGGAUAUGGCAAUGGUGCAGGAGGGUUUGGUGGUCUAGGAGGAAACAGUGGGUAUGGUAAUAGUUUAGGUGGUUUUGGAAAUAAUGGAAAUUUCGGUGGACCCAACGGAGGAAGUUUUAAUCCAAAUCAAAACGCUCCACCAGCUGCUAAGGUAUCUUUCAACAGUAACUAUGGCAACUCUGGCAGAGGUCAAGGCCAAUUGGGUGGACCUAAUGGACUUGGUUCACAAAACGGAGGUUCUUUCGGCAGUCAAAGUCGAGGUGGACCCGGAUCAUAUAACAAUCAAUUAAAUGGAAGCCCAGAAUCAUAUGGUAAUCGUUAUGGUGGAAAUCCAUUAAAUGGUCAAAAUGGAGGAAGCUCAGGAUUGUAUGGCGGUGCUUCUGGUUCCGGACUAUACGGAAAUGAUCCAAGCAGUGGUGGUUUUGGUGGAAGACAAUAUGGUGGAAAUGGACGUGGUUCAACUGGUGGAUUAGAAUGUGCACUUUUGUUGAUUUUAUCAAUAACCUUCGUGGUAGCAGAAUCUCAAUCAUACGGGAGCAAUGGGGAAGGUAGCAGCAGUGGAGGAAAUAAAAAUGGAGGUUAUGGUGGUAAAGGUCAAUAUGGAGGAAGUGGAAGUGGUUCAUCGUCUUUAAGUCCAUUUUUCAGUGGAGCAAAUCAAUAUGGAUCUCAAUUUGGAGCUGGGAACCGAUUUUCUUCAUUAGGAUCUAAAUUCGGAGGAUCCCGAGGAAGUUAUGGGGGAUCUGGAUCACGUAAUAGUCGUUACGGAAGUAACGGUGGAAAUUCAGCUGGUGGUUAUGGUGGAUCAUCAGUUGGAGUAGGUGGUGGAUAUGGCAGCGGAUCCUUUAGUGGUAAUGGGGUUGGAUACGGUAGUUCAUCUUCCGGAGGAUUAGGUAGUGGAUUAUCUGGAGGUUAUAGCAGUGGAUCUUUCGGAGGUAAUGGAGGCAGUCCAGCCGGCGGAUAUGGUGGAUCGUCUUCUGGAGGAUUAGGAAGUGGUUCUUUCGGAGGUAGUUCAGCCGGUGGAUAUAGUGGUUCGUCAUCGGGAGGAUUAGGAGGUGGAUCAUCUGGAAGCUACGGCGGUGGAUCCUUUGGUGGUGGUUCAUCUGGUGGAUAUGGUAGCAGAUCCUUUGGAAGUAUCAGCGGUGGUUCAACUGGUGGAUAUGGUGGAUCGUCUGGAGGAGGAAUAGGAAGUGGAUCUUUCGGCAAUAACGGAGGAAGUUCAGCUGGUGGAUAUGGAGGAUCAUCUUCAGGAGGAUUAAGUAGUGGAUCAUCUGGUAGUUACGGCAGCGGAUCUUUCGGUGGUAAUGGAGGAAGUUCCGCUGGUGGAUAUGGAUCAUCUAAUGGAUUUGGAAAUGGUGCUUCAGGUAGUAAUAGUGGAGAUGGUUUUGGAGGAGCUGGUGGCUUAGAAAAUGAUCCUCUUUCAGAACCAGCCAAUUAUGAAUUUUCUUAUGAAGUUAAUGCGCCCGAAUCAGGAGCUAUUUUUGGUCAUAAGGAAAGUCGUCAAGGUGAUGAAGCAACAGGUGUAUACCAUGUACUAUUGCCAGAUGGCAGGACACAAAUUGUAGAAUAUGAAGCAGAUGAAGAAGGAUACAAGCCAAAGAUUACGUACACAGAUCCAGUUGGAGGAUAUGCGGGAGAUCGUCAAUCUGGUAAUGGUGCUAAUGGUCAAAACGGCGCUGGUAAUUAUGGAGCAAAUGGUAAUUCAGGUAAUUCUGAUGGUUUGUAUGGAAAUGGAAAUGGGGGUAGUUCAGGUAAUUAUGGACAAGGAAGCGGCUCUUUGGGAAGUAGUGGUAUCGGAGGUUCUAACGGAGGCCAAGGUAACUCGUAUGGUGGUAUUGGAGGUUCUAAUGGAGGCCAGGGUAGUUCAUAUGUUGGAUCCAGUGGUAGUGGUAGUUUUGGUGGUAAUUCUGGAGGAUCUUAUGGUGGAUUAGGAGCAUCUAAUAGUGGUUUAGGUGGUUCUGGAAGCGGAAUAAGUAGUUCAUAUGGAUUACCAAGUGGUUUAAAUAAUGGUUUAGGAGGAGGUUACGGUGGAUCUGGUAGUUCAAGCAAUGGAUUGAGUAGCUCAUAUGGUGUACCAGGCAGUAGUAGCGGUAGUGCAUCAGGGGCAUACGGUUCAUCUAGCGGUUCUGUAAAUGGUCUAGGAAAUCGCAACAGUUUAAAUAGUGGAUCAUCGUCUUACUAAUUUCUUUUUAUUGCUCAAAUUUAAAAUGUCUUGUCAAAGAAUUCUAUGGGCGAAAUAUAAUUAAUAUCAUAUUUGGUUCAAAUUAAUUUUCGCUACUUACUUUAUAAUCUAUUGUUUAAAUUUAUAUAUUGUAUUAUACUUGUGCAAUCAUUAUUUUCUUUGUACUUAAAGGAUAAUAUUAAGAUAGAUUAUGUUGUUUUAAUUUAUUCUUCAGUAACAAAAUUUGUUAUACAUUACAGAACUGAAUUUGUAUUCUUCGUUAACUUUAACUAUUAUUCUUGAAAUCUUGACUAUUCUGUAACUUCGUUAAU